UCUGUUUCAUUUUUUCAGACUAUAUUUCAACAGAUUUAAGGUCGGCUGCAUUUGAUCACUCGGCCACUCUAAGCACUUUUGGCAAUGGAGAGAGUGAAAAUAUUGCAAUUGCUCCUUGUUACCUCUUUAUUAGUAACGAUUAUGAGUAGAAGUUGUGUUUUGGGAUUUAAUGUUCCAUCAAUUUUCAUAUUUGGAGACUCUAUAUUUGAUGCUGGUAAUAAUCACUACAACAAGAAUUGCACUGCACAAGCUGAUUUUCCACCAUAUGGUUCCAAUUUCUUUCAUCGUCCAACUGGUCGAUUCACCAACGGCCGAACUGUUGCCGAUUUUGUUUCUGAAUUUAUUGGGAUUCCUAUACAAAGGCCAUUUCUGGAAGCACAACUUGAGCUGGUGAAUGGAAGUAGGAAAGAGUAUCCAGCAAAUGGCAUCAACUUUGCUAGUGCUGGUAGUGGUGUUCUACGACCAACAAAUCAGGAUAUGGGAGUGACACCACUUGAAGAUCAACUCCAACAAUUCAAAACUUUAGUCCAACAAAACCACAUAAACAAGACACAAAUCCAACAAUCACUCUUCUUCUUUGAAUCAGGCUCCAAUGACAUCUUCAGCUACUUCUAUCCAUUUGAUGCCCCAACACUUACCCCAGAUGCCUAUGUUCUGGCCAUGUUAAGUCAAGUUAGAAAUUUUGUUGAUCAAAUUUGCAAGUUAGGGGGUCGUCGAAUUGCCUUGUUUUCAUUAGGCCCCGUUGGUUGUGUCCCAGCUAGGACCCUCUUGCCUGGUGCACCGGUUAAUAAAUGUUAUGGGAAGAUGAAUAAAAUGGUUAAAAAUUAUAACGUGGGAUUGGAAAGUUUUGCGAAAAAAAUACCAACCAAGUAUCCUGGUUCAUUUGCUGUGUAUGGCGCUGUGUACAAGACUGUUCAGAUCUUCAGAGCUAAUCCUGCACGUUAUGGAUUUUCAGAUGUUAAUAAUGCAUGUUGUGGCGAUGGAACACUCGGAGGAUUAUUGCAAUGUGGUAAAGAAGGUUACAAGUUAUGUGCAAAGCCUAAUGAGUACUUAUUCUGGGAUUACUUUCAUCCAUCAGAACACACUUAUAAACUCAUCUCAAAGGCAUUGUGGACUGGAAGCCAUACUCGAAUUCGACCUGUGAAUCUCAAAACACUAGCCAACAUGACUCUCAUUCAGAACUAAAAUAAGGAAAAUUAGUUCUGAAUACAUGUACAUUUCUUUAUUUCUCGUGUUGUACUGUUGUUUCCAAGCUUAGAUCAAUCAAUAAAAGAUCAGCUAUUAGAGACAAAUUCAAGAGUUGGCUCUCGUUGAAAACAAAAGGAAUUAAUUAUGUUUUGAAAUCUCAAAAUAAAGAGUGAGGUCCUUGUCAUUCAUUUCAGAA